CUUAAAACGCCCAAAAUCCCCACGGAGAAACGCAGCAGCAUGGAGAAGCACGUUCAAUCGUCGCUGUGCCGACGUGGAUCCAAUAAUUGUCGCGGGCCCACACCCCUCCACCCGAAGCCGAUCUGACGAGCCGUUCCAGGCCCAGAUACUACUCACUCCUCCCUCCAAACAAAUUGUAUGAUUAUUUUGACGCCCUUAGAAACUUUUUGUGCUGGAUGACAUGCGGGCCAGAGCAGCCUCCGACCAACUAUUUUCCCAUUUAUAUACUCGAGUGAAUUGCUUCCCCCUCUCUCCCUCUCUCUCUCUCCUCUCUCCCGUUCAAAGUCGUCGUCUUGCUCUCGAGCUGUUUGAUUCGAUUCUUAUCAAUCCACCAUCCUCCGUAGCUGCAGGUCCGAUUAUGCCAUCGGCAGCGCUGGCUGCCACGCCGGUCUCUCCGUCCCCGUCGCCGUCGCCGCACCACUACCGCGGCCGGUUGCGCUCGCCGCUGGCAAACGGUGGCACCAAGGGGAACUUCGAGCUCCGGCACUGGCGCACGCCACUCAAGCGAGCUCCGUCGUGCCCCCCGCCGGGGAUCGAGAUCCCCAGCAACGACUACGACGGCAGAGGGAACGGGUACACCAGCCUCCGGGACAUCCUAUCGUCGCCGCGGUACGCGGGGGCUGGGGGCUCGCCCGCGGCCUGCGUCAUCGGUGGCACCGGCAGCUGUGGGGACAUACACAUGAUACGCCACCCGCUGGUAAAACACGCAGCGUACGCGUACCUGCAGAUGACGCCGUCGGCGAGGGAGGACCCAACCCGCCGGAGCCGGCGCUGGCGCGGCCCGCUCUGCCGCCUCCUGUUCGACUGCCUCAGCUUCAUCGGAGCACUCUUCCGGCCUUGACUUCUCCGCCCGGCGCACCUCCAUGCGGUCCUCGUUGCACCUGAAAUCUCUUCGAUUUCUCUUUUCUUCUUUUCGUUUGUGCGAUUAGAUUUUUUCGUAGAGUUUUCCGGCUUAUGUUUGGGUUGUAAUUUGUGUAAAUAAUUUGGUAGGAUUAGACACAAAGAGGAAUGAUAGCAACAAGAGAAAUGAUGAAUGUCAUACUACUAACAAAGCUGAUUAGUCGUCAUGAA